AUGGCUUCUCCAGUCGGACUCCCUAAGGGAAAGAAGGGAUUCGUUUUCUCCAAUUGGGCCAAAAUUUAUUCGUCUAAGCCAGAACUGUACUUUCAACCGUCAAGUAUUGAAGAGGUGGUGGCACUGGUCAAUGCUGCUCGCAAGGAAAAUAAGACACUUGUGACAGUGGGAUCAGGACAUUCCCCCAGUGAUCUUUGUAUGACAAACGAAUGGCUGGUAAAUCUGGACAAGUUGAACAGAGUCAUCUCCAUGACUGAACAUAAGGACAAAUUGUACGCGGAUGUGACAGUUGAAGCAGGUUUGCGUAUCUACCAGUUCAAUGAGUAUUUGGGGAAACACGGAUACACAAUUCAAAAUCUUGGAUCAAUCUCUGAACAAAGCGUUGCCGGUAUCAUCUCUACAGGCACGCACGGAUCAUCGCCAUAUCAUGGCCUGGUUUCGUCCCAGUACGUUAAUUUGACAAUUGUGAACGGCAAGGGAGAACUUGUGUUUUUGGACUCCGAGAACCAACCAGAGGUAUUUAGGGCCGCGUUGCUGUCUCUGGGUCAAAUCGGGAUCAUCGUUCGUGCUACCGUCCGUGUCGUACCCGCAUUCAAGAUUAAGUCUACGCAAGAAGUGAUCCGCUUCGAGACUCUCUUGGAAGAAUGGGACAACAUCUGGGCGAGCUCUGAGUUCAUCAGAUGCUGGUGGUACCCAUACAGCCGCAAGUGCAUUUUGUGGAGAGGUCGUAGAAGCGAAGAAACUGACGUGAUCCGUAGGGGUUCUUGGUGGGGCUCGUUUUUGGGCCGCCACUUCUACGAGGCACUGCUUUGGAUUGCUGUUAACAUUCGUCCUUCUUUGACGCCAGCCGUCGAAAGAUUCGUAUUCCGCAAGCAAUACGGAAGCAUCCAAAACUACGGCAAAGGUGAUGUGGCGGUGCAGAACUCGAUAGAUGCUCUCAAUAUGGAUUGCUUGUUUUCGCAGUUUGUUGAUGAAUGGGGAUGUCCGAUGGUCAAUGGCAUUGACCUCUUGCGGACCCUUGACCGUUCCAUCGCCCAGGCUGCCAAAACAAAUGAAUUUUAUGUCCAUGUCCCCGUUGAGGUCAGAUGCUCGAAUACCACGCUUCCCGACCAACCAAUUGAUUACUCUGAUAGAACCAAGAACAGCAAGGGCGCCGUUUUUGGAAAUACCUUACGGCCUUACUUGGACAGCACUCCUCAUUUGAAAUACAAGCCUUUGGAAGAGGUCACGGAAAAGCAACUGACUUUGUAUGUCAACGCUACCAUGUACAGACCUUUUGGAACGAACACGCCUAUCAAAAAAUGGUACGACGUUUUCGAGCAAGCAAUGAGUGACGCAGGCGGGAAACCUCACUGGGCCAAGAAUUUCAUAGGGUCUACCGCUUUUGCGGCUGGUCAAACGAAGUCUGAAAAUGAAUACGUCGACUACGAAAUGAGAGGCAUGGCUACCAAGUUCAAAGAGUGGUACGGCGACGAUUUGAUUAAAUUCCAGGAAGUCAGAAAGAUUCAAGAUCCAGAAGGAGUUUUUCUAGCCAACAAAGCCUGGGCAAUUAGAAAUGGGAUACUUGAUAUAGACGGAUAA